AUGUCUCUGCCUGUCAGGAAUUUAAAGUGCAUCUCGCCGGUCAUGUGCCAGUGUAAGCUCAUCUGCAGCAACCGGACCCUGUCUCUCAUGUUCGGGUGCAAGUACAGGUACCAGGAUGAGGAGACGCCCCCCUUGGAGCACAGUCCAGCACAUCUGGCUCCAGGGAAAAGUGCCGAGAUGCUUCAUAUGAGUGACAAGAAUCUCGCUGCCAUGGAGGCCAUACAUGGCUACACGCCACACACACAUAUCUCUCCUGUCAAGGGAAAUACUCCUCCAGUGGUGGUGAACACUGACACACUUGAUGGCUCCCCAUAUGUGAAUGGGACAGAAGGGGAAAUUGAAUACGAGGAGAUCACACUGGAGAGAGGUAACUCCGGCCUUGGCUUCAGCAUAGCAGGUGGAACAGACAACCCUCAUGUGGGCGACGACCCCAGCAUCUUCAUCACCAAAAUCAUACCUGGAGGAGCCGCGGCUCAGGAUGGACGGCUGAGUGUGAAUGACUGCAUCCUAUUUGUGAAUGAUGUCGAUGUGAGGGAGGUGACACACAGCCAAGCUGUGGAGGCCCUUAAGGAGGCAGGUGCUAUCGUCCGCCUAUAUGUUCUCCGCAGAAAACCAGCAGCAGAGAAAGUCACUGAAAUCAAACUCAUCAAAGGGCCUAAAGGAUUAGGUUUCAGCAUUGCUGGAGGGGUGGGAAACCAGCACAUACCAGGAGAUAACAGUAUCUAUGUCACCAAGAUCAUUGAGGGCGGAGCGGCUCAUAAAGAUUGCCGUCUGCAGAUUGGGGACAAGAUCUUGGCGGUGAACAAUGUGCGUCUUGAGGAUGUGAUGCAUGAGGAUGCGGUGGGGGCUCUGAAGAACACAGCCGAGGUGGUGUACCUCAGGGUGGCCAAGCCCAACAACCUGUUCCUCACCAACUCCUACAACCCUCCUGACCUCACCAGCACAUAUUCCCAUAUGGACACUGAACUCAGCCACCCCAACUAUCUUGGGUCAGAUUACCCACAAGCUCUCACUCCCACAUCACCUAGUCGGUUUUCUCCCGUUCUGCAUGGCAUGAUGGGAGAUGAUGACAUCCCCAGGGAGCCUCGCAGAGUUUUGAUCCACCGAGGCUCCACUGGACUGGGAUUCAACAUUGUUGGGGGAGAGGACGGAGAGGGAAUCUUUAUCUCCUUCAUCCUGGCCGGGGGGCCAGCCGACCUCAGCGGAGAGCUGCACAAGGGCGAUCAGAUCCUCAGUGUGAACGGCGUGGACCUGCGUAUGGCAACACACGAACAGGCAGCUGCAGCGCUGAAGAACGCUGGACAGACAGUGACCAUCAUCGCUCAGUACAGACCUGAUGAGUACAGCCGUUUUGAGGCUAAGAUCCAUGACUUGAGGGAACAGCUGAUGAACAGCAGUAUGGGCUCCGGGACCACGACGCUAAGGAGCAACCCAAAGAGAGGCUUCUACAUCAGGGCUCUUUUUGACUAUGACAAGACUGCGGACUGUGGCUUCCUCAGUCAGGCACUGGGCUUCAGGUUUGGGGAUGUACUGCAUGUGUUGGACUGCGGAGAUGAGGAGUGGUGGCAGGCCCGUAAGGUCAGCCCCCAGAACGAAGCUGAGGAGGUCGGCUUUAUCCCAAGCAAGCACAGGGUGGAGAGAAAAGAGUGGUCUCGAGGUAACACCAAAGAGAGGGACCAUGGUCGAGACACCUUGGGCACUCUAGGGAGAGAUAAAACCUCACAAAGUUAUGAGACUGUCACUCAAGUGGAAGUUCAUUAUGCGAGGCCCAUCAUCAUACUGGGUCCCGUGAAGGACAGGAUAAAUGAUGAUCUGUUGUCUGAGUUCCCUGAUAAGUUUGGAUCUUGUGUCCCACACACCACACGGCCCAAGAGGGAGUACGAGGUGGAUGGACGGGACUAUCACUUUGUGUCGUCACGGGAACAGAUGGAGAAAGACAUCCAGAGCCAUCGGUUCAUCGAGGCGGGCCAGUACAACAGUCACCUGUAUGGCACCAGUGUCCAGAGCGUCCGAGAGGUGGCUGAGCAGGGGAAACACUGCAUCCUGGAUGUAUCGGCCAACGCUGUGCGCAGACUACAAGCAGCUCAGCUUCAUCCCAUCGCCAUCUUUGUCCGGCCCAAGUCACUGGAAAAUGUCCUAGAGAUCAACACUCGACUGACCGAGGAGCAGGCCAGGAAAGGAAUGGACCGAGCCCUCAAACUAGAACAAGACUUCCUAGAGUGUUUCUCGGCUGUCGUGGAAGGGGACAGCUUUGAAGAGGUUUAUCACAAAGUAAAGACAGUGAUCGAGGAGCAAUCAGGGCCUUACAUCUGGAUCCCCACCCGGGAGAGGCUGUGA